AGCGCCUAAAUGCGCGUCUCAGCCAGUCGGUGAGCCUUGUGUUGAACUCAGUAAUUUCGCAAAACCCCUGCACUAUUAUUUCCGCAAGGCUUUUAACAUCGUUAAAAGGGGACGAAGUUGCAUGAUCAACGAUUUUAAUUAAGCGUUUUGAACUGCAACUUAUCUUUAUUUUUAGUGUAAUAAUGAUUUGGUGCGUUCUAAUUUAUGUUUAUAAAAGGUUCUUUACAAAAGACUGGGAGCUUUAGCGUCAGCGAAGAACUAAAGUGAACUAUGAUUCUAAGAAGUAGAAAACCUGCUGCUCAUCAUCGCAUGUUCCUAACGAAGAUACGUAACUGCGCUUCAGCUGCUCGGAGAAGCCGUGGAUCUUAUAUCUGAGCGACAAUCACGCAUGGGACAGAACAGACAAGUGUCACAAUAACUUAAAAAACCUGAAGGGAUGAGUCGCCCCCUUACUCAGUUUUUCUCAGUCUUAUUUGUGGGUUUCCUACAGACCAACAACUUCAGGGUGAUUGAUGGCAAGGAACAUGACUUCAGAUCUUCGGGUAGAGGGUCACCAUCCACUAUGUCUCCCUCUGACUUUUUGGACAAAUUAAUGGGUAGAACAUCAGGCUAUGAUGCACGAAUAAGGCCUAAUUUCAAAGGUCCCCCGGUAAAUGUCACGUGCAAUAUUUUCAUCAACAGUUUCGGCUCUGUGACGGAGACAACUAUGGACUACAGGGUGAACAUCUUCCUGAGACAGAAAUGGAAUGACCCACGCCUGGCCUACAGCGAGUACCCAGAUGAUUCACUGGACCUGGACCCAUCCAUGCUCGACUCUAUCUGGAAGCCUGAUCUCUUUUUUGCUAACGAGAAGGGCGCUAACUUCCAUGACGUCACCACCGACAACAAGUUGUUGAGGAUCUUCAAGAAUGGGAAUGUGCUCUACAGCAUCAGGCUGACUCUCAUCUUGUCCUGUCCAAUGGACCUGAAAAACUUCCCCAUGGAUGUACAAACCUGCACAAUGCAGCUGGAAAGCUUUGGGUACACCAUGAAUGAUCUGAUCUUUGAGUGGCUGGCCGAGGGGGCAGUGCAGGUGGCUGAUGGCUUGACCCUCCCACAGUUCAUCCUGAAGGACGAGAAGGAGCUGGACUACUGCACGAAGCAUUACAACACAGGGAAAUUCACCUGCAUUGAGGUCAAGUUCCACCUGGAGAGACAGAUGGGCUACUACCUGAUCCAGAUGUACAUCCCCAGCCUGCUCAUUGUCAUCCUGUCCUGGGUGUCCUUCUGGAUCAACAUGGAUGCUGCCCCAGCCCGUGUGGCCCUCGGCAUCACCACGGUGCUCACCAUGACGACGCAGAGCUCGGGCUCCCGUGCAUCACUGCCCAAGGUGUCUUACGUGAAGGCCAUCGACAUCUGGAUGGCUGUGUGUCUCCUGUUUGUGUUUGCUGCUCUCCUGGAAUACGCAGGGGUCAACUUUGUCUCCAGGCAACAGAAGGAGUUCCUGCGGCUGAGACGACGACAAGCGCGAAAUCACAAGGAGGACAACACUAGGGCGGGCCACUUUAACUUCGCCGGCUAUGGCAUGGGUCACUGCCUGCAGGCAAAGGAGGCCGCAACCACCAAGACCACCACACCAACCCCACCGCCUCCACCUCACGCCCCCAGGGAUGCGGAUGCCCUGAAACGGAGGUUCGUGGACAGGGCGAAGAGGAUCGACACUGUGUCCCGGGCUGCCUUCCCACUGGCCUUCCUUAUAUUCAAUAUCUUUUACUGGAUAACCUACAAGAUCAUUAGGCAUGAGGACAUCCGGAAAUAGCCGGAUAAAUCCAGCAACCACGAGCAGGAAUGGCUGCAGGACACACUCAGUCUUGGUAGUUCUGAAAACUGUCAUGAGUUUACAGUGAUUCCAGGAGGGCUGUAUGUGCAGGUUUUUGUCCCAGAAAAAUGGGAAGGAUUCAGCAUGUACUUUGAGACAUUUACGGAAAUUGAAAAGUUAAGAAUUAUACUGAACCUUUAGGGAUUUUUUUCUUACUGUUUUGGUAAGAUUGGUAAUAUUGUGGUAACAGACCAAAUUGUCCACAGCAAUGGUGUAUUUUUAUGGACAAACUAAGCUGAUGUUUACAGCUGAUGUCACAGGACUUCAGGAUAUAGAUGCAUUUCAGUGGGGUUAUACUUUUGUUUUUUUUUUGUUUUUAUAACGCUAAUACUGUGCUCUACUCUCUUCCAUUUUGUGAGCAGUGAGGAAUAUUUACUCAUUCACACUGUAAACACAUGAAUCUCCAAGUAAGUGUGAGACCAUUUUUAUAUGUAAAAUCCAAGAGUGAAGUUUGUACACAUUUGUAUGACUUACCUAAAGGCCUUAGAUAUGUAUUCGUUAAUUAAUAUGACAGUAAACAAUAUAUAUGUUUGAAAGUAAAAAACUUUGACUUUGGUUCAUCGAUGGAUCUAAGUGGCCAAUAAAGUAUCGAAGAUGCAUGAAAUGGCUGUUUGCAUUUCGAGUCCAUUUUCAAAGUUUUGUAAACAUGCAGGGGGUAGUUGUGCAUUUACUGCAACAUGAGUCCAGCAACAGAAAAAGGUGAUCUGCAUCCAUCUAUCCUUCUUACUGCAGCACCUUUUAUUUUAAAUGAAAACAUACUGUGAUUUUUUUAAAACUGCCGCAUGACUUCUCUCCUCAUUGCUUCCCAGUUGCCCAGGUGGACUCUGGUCGAUGCCUUUUCAUGCAGUAUUGAUACUUAGCUGGGCUCUGGUUGAUGUCUUUUCAUGCAGUAUUAAUACUUAAA